UUGUGCUGCUUUCACAUAUUCUUUUUUACCAAUUUUUUCGUCUCGUAGCCACGUACAAUCACAUUUAAACCAUUUUAAUACUGCGAUAGGCAUUUAUUAUAUGGUCAGCCUUGGAGUUGUUGCGUGUUCUUCCAUAAUAUGCCACAUUUUUCUUCAUAUCUCUGGUGGACCUUCCUCAGAAGAGUGGCAGGUUGGUGCAUCUGUCGACAUCAUGUUACGAAGUAUUGUUAUCAUUAUUUUUGGUGUUCCUCCACCAGAAUAUCUGAUACAAAAAUUGAGAAUAAAAUUGUUUGAAAGAGCAAUUAUCAACGUCACGAUUCGAGAAAGAGGCGUUGUGAGCACUGGUAUCAUAAUGGAUGAAUUUUGCGAAUGGCAAGCGAUGGAAAAAUAG